AUGGCUCAAAAACCCCAAGAAAAGCAAAGAAUGUUUGACCUCGGACCAGAGGAAAUGUGGACUCCAUUCCUAGAAGAAGUUAAUGACCUUAUGAUUGAAGAAAAACAAGCUCGUCAUGAGAAUGAUGGCAUUAAAACCUCUGAGAUCUGUGUGAGAAUUUUAAGAUUGGCUUACGAUUAGAGAGACUUUGUUAAGCUUAGAGAGUUCUUGAUUAUUCUUACUAAGAGAAGAGGUCAAGCAAAGAAGCCUAUUGUUGAUAUGGUUCAAUUGCUAAUCAAUGAAUUUUUACCAUUAAUGCCCACUCGUGAGGAGAAAUAUAAUCUCUUACAAACUAUCAGAGAAGCCACUGAUGGUAAGAUGUUCCUUGAAAGAGAGUAUGCUAACUCAACUAAGUGGCUCUGUGAAAUGUUAGAGGAAGAUGGUAAAAUUGAUGAGGCAACUAAGAUCAUCUAAGAGAUUCAAAUAGAGACAUAUGGUUCAUUGCAAACUGUUGAGAAAGUUGAUUUCAUUCUUUAUCAAAUGAAACUUGUCUUGAUUAGAAGAGACUUCGUGAGAUGCUAAAUUCUAUCAAGAAAAAUUUCAAGAAAACAUCUUAAUGAGGCUGGACUUGAGAAGCAAAAGAUUCAAUAUUUCCUCUUCAUGGUUAGGUACUAUGUACACGAGAAGAUGAUUCUUGAUACAGCUAAAGCUUUCCAAACCAUCUAUGAUACAUAUAACAAGUCAAAUCCUGAUCUUGCUCUUGAUACCACAGGUUAAUUGAAGACAACAGCUUUCUAAAACUUCAUUAUUUACUUAAUGGUUGCUCCAUAUACAAAUGAAAAAGUUGAUCUCCUCAACAUAGCAGAAUCUCUCUAUACUAGAGAACUAGACUAAAAUGAACUGAUUGCAAAGUUCAUGAGAAAAUUCCUAACUUAUGAGCUGAUGCCUUUUAACGACCAAGAGAUUGAGUAAUAAUUCAGCUAAUUUGAACCCUUCAGAGCUGAUUUGACAGAACAUUCUCACAAUCAUUCCUAAGAUUUCCUCAGAUAAUUGAUCUAACACAACAUCAGAGUUGUCUAAAAAUACUAUCAAAGAAUCAGACUUCCAAGAUUGGCUUAAUUAGUAGGAGUUAGUGUAGAUCUAGCUGAAAAGGAAAUUGGAGAUAUGGUUGUUAACAAACGUCUUGUAGCAAAGAUCAACAGAAUGCAAGGUAUUGUCUCCUUCUAAAAGAACAAGUUCACCAAUGAUGUCUUAAAUGACUGGAACUAUGACAUCAGACACAUGCUAGAUAAGAUUGAGAAUACUUGCCACUUGAUUAACAGAGAAAAGGUGGUCCACAAUGUUGUUUGA